CUAGAUAAUGUCAAAUAAUAACAUUAUGUCACAAUUGUCAUACUGUUGGUUCUGUCAUAGGAACUACGUGUGAGUUAUAAUGGAAAAAAUUCCCGACCAGAUCGGUUACCUAGUUUUAACAGAGGACGGAGCUGUCCUUGAGUCUGGUGGUGAAUUAGAAAACGACGAACGUGUUGCAACAAUAAUAACUGAUCUCAUCACUUUAUCUAAUAAGGUCGACCCCUUAGCAUUUGGACCCAAUGAGCAGUUCAAAAAAAUAUCCAUAACCUAUGACGACCAUUGGUUUGCUAUAUGUCUCUCCAAUAAGAAGAUAUAUGUUGUAAAGCGGAGUAUAAAUCCCCAUUUAGCUGAAGGAAACACUGUUAAUGUUUGAUACCUGAAGACAAAGCCAUCAUGGGU